AAGGCUAUCUUUAAUACAACAACAUUGUAAUGAAGUCUUUGAAAUUUGAACAAUACGUGAUCUAACUGCUCAUCUGCUCUUCCUUGCAUAGUCAGUAAGCACUAAGUUACGGUUUCUACACCAAAAAACGUGGACAUGAUUGACUAAAUUGUUCCCUGAGAUGUUUAUUUUUGCUUGAUAUGUUUCUUUGUAUCCAACACUUCUGCAGUGAUGGGUGUCAUUUACAUUUAAAUGAGUUUAGCGAUCUAUAAAAUGAAUACAGCGUCGCCCACUCUGGUGCCUUCAUUAGAGCAGCUGGAGGCCAUGGUAAUUAUGUAUGGAUGACAUUUUAAUAGGAAAUUAAUGUUAUUCUGUUUAGCAUUGGAGCCAGAUAGUACCAACAGCGAGUGAUAAUGCAUACAAUCAUUGCAUGAAAAUGAUAUUUAACAUCGUGAUUCACCUAAUGAUGCAAGAUCCUUGGUAAAAUAUAUUGGACCAGAGCAGAGCACAAAAAGUAAAAGAUCUGACCCGGGACGAUUGACUUUCAGAUGCUUACAGUCUCAACUGGCAGUCUACGCAAUGCUCACAGGCUACCCAUUGAUUUCAAUGGGUAAAUUUGUUCCCCUAUUGGUAUUCAUCUUUCAUGUCACAGAGGGCGCCGUCAAAUCUAACGAGACACAACUGUACGAAGACCUAUUUAAAAAUUACAACAAAUAUAACCAUCCAACAGUCAAAGGGGCUGAUGCUGUCAAGGUCGUGUUUGAUUUCCAACUCAUUCGUAUAAUUGAUGUGAGUGCCAAGGACCAGUUCAUCAAGACUUAUGCCUGGGUUAACCAGUACUGGAAUAAUCCUCAGCUUAGAUGGGAUCCCAAUAAGUACAAUGGAAUCAAAGAAAUUCAUAUACAGCCAUCCGAUGUAUGGGUCCCUGAUAUCCUCUUAUACAACAAUGUUGAUGAAGAAGACCGUUUUGCUGGUGGAAAGUUUACUUACAAAACCAACGUUGCCAUGACACACGAUGGAAACAGCACAUGGCUUAACCCCGCUAUUUUCAAAAGUAUUUGUAAAGUGGACGUAACGUAUUUCCCGUUCGAUGAGCAGGAUUGCUCCCUGAAGUUUGGUUCAUGGUCCUUCGACAGCUCAAAAGUAGAUCUUCACGCACACGGUGGAAGUAUGAUGAACGACAACUACGUCAAGAACGGAGAAUGGAGGUUGACACUAUUGAAAUCUCAAAGAAAUAAACAAAAAUAUCAAUGCUGCCCGCACGAAUUCAUUGAUGUUACGAUACAGAUGCAGCUACAGCGAGAAUCGCUGGACUAUAUUUUGAAGUUAAUCAUUCCAUGCUCGCUGAUUUCUUCCAUGAUAUUUUUGGGUUUUGUUCUUCCGCCUGAAUCUGGUGAACGAAUAGGGCUGAGUAUCACAGUUCUGCUGGCAAUGACUGUGUUUCAACAACUCAGCUCCGAGCUAAUGCCUUCGUAUGGAUUUCCACUGCUUGGGCAAUACUACUUCGCCUGUAUGAUCGAGAUAGGCGCUUCCCUGGUUGUCACUACUCUCAUACUAAAUUUUUAUCACCGUAACAGUCGACGAAUGCCAAAAUUUUUGAGGGUUGUGAUAUUAAAAUGGCUGGCUCGAGUGGUAUUCCCAAAAAGUAGCGCCAAAGACUGGGAAGUGAUUUCAACAAAUGUGGAAGCGCCCAAUUGCAAGUCAACUGCGAAUGGUAAUGGAGAACAGGGCGACUCUGAUAGCGAAAAAGGUUCGUUUUUCCUCGUGCAAUCGCUUUUGGAGCACGACAAAUCAAAGAUUUCUCCCACAUAUUCCGAUCCGUGGAUCCCAUUGGAAAGGAAGAAUGAGUUUGGCAAUUCAGCAAACGGCACAUCACACUACAAGAACACAAAUGGCCAAGCUUACGACAUGCUAUCAGGAAACAGGUCCAGGCAUACUGGAAACCAAAGAAAAACAAGAUUUUCAAACUACCAAAAUAACACCCGGAGAAAGACCUCAAGGAAUCAUUGUUGCACUCAUCGCCAAAGCCCCGAGAAAAGAGGCUCGUCCAUUGGUGCUACAUCUAUUCUUUUGGACCUUUUUCAGAGUACGAACGACUCGGAGCUUUCGCCACAAAUGUUAAAGAACCAAAAGGAGUGGAUUAAGGCGGCACGUGUGUUGGAUAGACUGUUUCUGAUUAUCUCCGUGUUGAUUGGUGUAACUACUCUCUUUGCCUUGUUUCUAAAGGCUCCAAGGUUUCGUUGAGAUAACUUGAACAGAGGCUUUAAGUUAAGUGUAUGUGCAAUAUUCACAGAAAGCGCGCCCAAAAAGUUGCUUUAAAUGGCAAAUAUAACAUGCUUUCUUUGCACUCAAAGAAAGAGAAAAACGACUUCAUCGAAGCUUUUUUCUCCGUCAGGAAGAUACCUUUUCAUUUUGAAAGAACGAGAAAGGCAUUAACUCAUUUGAAAUUACAUUUGUAUGCAAGUUGAAUUUCAGACUUACACAAAACAAAACAGAGGCAUCCAUUCUUUUUGAAGAGGGAGAUUUGGGUAAGGGAAGCCCUCUUUCUUCUUUUCUUUUUUUUUUGGCAUCUGUUAUGUUGUCUUCCUUGAAGUGCCUUUAAUCAUUCAUGAAAAGCAUUAUUUUGAAAUUAAAUUCUUUCGCGAUUCAGUCAUGGAUCAGUUUUAGGCUGCUACAAGUUCGCGUCCUGUCUUUCAAGAAGUUAACUUUUCGAUUCCGUCGAGCGAGCGAAGGAAAAUACCAUGUAAAAGGAAAAGUAAAUGAGCCAAGGAGUUACAACCUUCUGGAAAAAUGAAAGUGAGCUUGAAUCAUUCAGAGUCUUAGUUAUAACGAAACGAUAAAAAACGAAGACAAAAUAUGCUGUCUUCUGACCGAGAAAGGGAAGCCGAUUCAGUAUAGUAAGAAUAGUAUGGACUUCCGAGUGACCGAUACUUUUAAAAGAAGGAAGUGAACUCUAUAUUAGCUCCUUUCAAUUUGAGUAUAGGUCAGGUCGCCCCGUUGCGAUGUCGCCUCAAGCCAUGACGCGCCAGAGCUAAUACACCGCGCGUCACCCUGCACAAUAUUGACUGAAGUUGUUUCAAGACCAGUUAACGGUAUGGUUAUAUCAUUUGGUCCAGAAAUACCUAGUUCCGAUCGUUGAGGUCAAAUUUAUAUUUUUCCUUUCUUUUGAGAUUUUAUUUAUACAUGUUUCUAACUGAGCCACGGAUCAGCUAUGAGUGAAGAUCUUAAAUUUAACCAUUUCACUUAAUGAUCCAUGGAAAUUUCCGUACACGUGUCUGAGUCAAUUAAGACCAAACACUUUACAAUUCACCAUGCUGUGCAACCUUUGGAGUUGUGGCGUAACAGCCCUCAAGGAAGGUCAUAAGCUUUGCAAAUUAGUGUGAGAAAGCAUAUAGAGAUAACUAACGUAUUAAUCCAUUAUGAAAAGUUGGAACAUACCAGUAACUAUGAUCAUAUUAAAUAUAUUAAUUAUGCACACCAAUUCAACUACAUUAAUUUUCUUUUCUUUUUUCGGACUGGAUACAUCAACCUACAUGUUAUAACCAUGGAAGAGAAGAGAUGUAAGUGAUUAAUUAAGAAUAAGAUGUGAGAGAGUAAGUAAGGGUAAGAGAGAUGUAAGUGAUGUAAUGUAAUAUCCAUGUCAAUUAGAAAUUAAUAACAAUUAUUUUCCAAAGUAAAAGUUUGUUUCAAUGGUAAU